CACCGCACCAUGGGCAGCGCGGAGGAUGCAGUCAAAGAGAAACUGCUGUGGAACGUGAAAAAGGAGGUGAAGCAGAUCAUGGAGGAAGCCGUCACCAGGAAGUUCGUGCAUGAAGACAGCAGCCACAUCAUUGCCCUGUGUGGGGCAGUGGAGGCUUGCCUUCUGCAUCAGCUGAGGCGCCGUGCCGCUGGGUUCCUGCGCAGUGACAAGAUGGCAGCCCUGUUCACUAAGGUGGGGAAGACGUGCCCAGUGGUUGGGGAGAUUUGCCAAAAGGUCCAGGAGCUGCAACAGCAAGUAGACGGCAGGAAGCCCUCAGGAAGCAACCAAGAGGCCCUGCGGAGACAGGGCUCGGCCAGCGGGAAGGCCCCAGCCCUCAGCCCACAAGCCUUGAAACACAUAUGGGUACGCACAGCGCUCAUCGAGAAAGUUCUGGACAGGGUUGUACAGUACCUGGCGGAAAAUUACAGCAAGUACUACGAGAAGGAGGCAUUACUAGCAGAUCCUGUGUUUGGCCCGAUCCUGGCCUCUCUUCUAGUGGGGCCCUGUGCCUUGGAAUACACAAAGCUCAAGACAGCUGAUCACUACUGGACCGACCCUUCUGCCGAUGAGCUGGUCCAGAGGCACCGCAUCCGCGGUCCGCCCAAUCGCCAGGACUCUCCUGCCAAACGCCCAGCUUUGGGGAUCCGGAAGCGCCACUCAAGUGGCAGUGCAUCAGAGGACAGGCUGGCUGCCUGCGCCCGUGAGUACGUGGAAUCACUGCACCAGAAUUCGAGGACGCGGCUGCUCUACGGCAAGAACAACGUGCUGGUGCAACCGAAGGAGGACAUGGAAGCUGUGCCUGGCUACCUCUCCCUGCACCAGUCUGCAGAGAGUCUAACUCUGAAGUGGACCCCCAACCAGCUCAUGAACGGGACUCUGGGAGACUCCGAGCUGGAAAAGAGUGUUUACUGGGACUAUGCCCUGGUGGUACCCUUCAGUCAGAUCGUCUGCAUCCACUGUCACCAGCAAAAGAGUGGUGGCACUCUUGUGCUAGUGAGCCAGGAUGGCAUCCAGAGGCCCCCACUGCACUUCCCACCGGGAGGACACCUGCUGUCCUUUCUGUCCUGCCUGGAGAAUGGGCUGCUCCCUCGAGGACAGCUGGAGCCCCCACUCUGGACCCAACAGGGGAAGGGGAAGGUGUUCCCCAAGCUACGGAAACGCAGCAGCAUGCGGUCCAUAGAGGCGGAGGAGCUGGGCAUGGGGCGGGCCACAGACUACGUGUUCCGGAUCAUCUACCCCGGGCACAGGCACGAGCACAUCACUAUUAACUACCACCACCUAGCGGCCAGCCGCGCGGCCUCGGUGGACGAUGAUGAGGAAGAGGAGGAUAAACUCCACGCGAUGCUCUCAAUGAUCUGCUCGCGGAACCUCACAGCUCCCAAUCCGAUGAAAGAUGCUGGCGACAUGAUCGAGAUGCAAGGCUUUGGGCCCAGCCUGCCAGCCUGGCGCCUGGAGCCCCUGUGCAGCCAGGGCUCGUGCCUCUCCUGUUCCUGCAGCAGCUGCCCAUGCACAGCCCCCUGCCACUGCCGCUGUGUCCCCGACCGGUUACCCCUCCGGCUGCUGUGUGAGAGCAUGAAGAGACAGAUCGUGUCCCGGGCUUUCUAUGGCUGGCUGGCCUACUGCCGCCACCUGUCCACGGUCCGGACUCACCUGUCGGCACUGGUGCAUCACAACAUCAUCCCACCUGACCGGCCCCCUGGGGCCUCAGGGGGUCUCACCAAGGACGUGUGGAGCAAGUAUCAGAAGGACAAAAAGAACUACAAGGAGCUGGAGCUGCUGCGGCAAGUUUACUAUGGAGGCGUGGAGCAUGAGAUCCGCAAGGACGUCUGGCCCUUCCUGCUGGGUCACUACAAGUUUGGCAUGAGCAAGAAGGAGAUGGAGCAGGUGGACGCAGUGGUGGCAGCAAGGUACCAGCAGGUGUUGGCGGAGUGGAAGGCCUGUGAGGCAGUGGUGAGGCAACGGGAGCGGGAGGCUCACCCCACCACGCUCACCAAGUUCUCCUCGGGCAGCAGCAUUGACAGCCAUGUGCAGCGCCUCCUCCACCGUGACUCCACCAUCAGCAACGACGUGUUCAUCUCUGUGGACGAUCUGGAGCCCCCAGGGGCACAGGGCCCCGAUGAUCCCAGAGUCAAGCUGGAACCGGGAGCAGGAGCGGGGAGCCCUGGCCCCGCCGGGGAGCAGCAGUCAGUAGAGUUCGACUCUCCAGACUCGGGUCUGCCAUCCUCUCGCAACUACUCCGUGGCCUCCGGCAUCCAGUCGAGCCUGGAUGAGGGGCCGAAUGUGGGCUUUGAAGAGGACGGUGCUGGAGAGGAAGGCUCCACCAACGACCCUAUCCCUGCAGUCCACACUUUCUCCAGGCCCCAGGAUCCCAGCCAGGAGGAGGCGCCACAGGCCAGUGAGCUAGAGGCUGUGUGUGCUGCUGCCUACACUAUAGAAUUACUGGACACCGUGGCCUUAAAUCUGCACCGCAUAGACAAAGAUGUGCAGAGAUGUGACCGCAACUACUGGUACUUCACACCCCCAAACCUCGAGAGGCUUCGAGACAUCAUGUGCAGCUAUGUGUGGGAACACCUGGAUGUGGGCUAUGUGCAAGGCAUGUGUGACCUGCUGGCGCCUCUCCUGGUCGUCUUGGACAAUGAUCAGCUGACCUACAGCUGCUUCAGCCACCUCAUGAAGAGGAUGAGCCAGAACUUCCCCAACGGGGGCGCCAUGGACACCCACUUUGCCAACAUGCGCUCCCUCAUCCAGAUCCUGGACUCAGAGCUGUUUGAACUGAUGCAUCAAAAUGGGGACUACACCCACUUCUACUUCUGUUACCGCUGGUUUCUGCUGGAUUUUAAGCGAGAGCUGCUGUACGAGGACGUGUUUGCUGUGUGGGAGGUGAUCUGGGCAGCCAGGCAUAUCUCUUCGGAGCACUUUGUCCUGUUCAUCGCCCUGGCCCUGGUGGAGGCCUACCGAGAGAUCAUCCGCGACAACAACAUGGACUUCACUGACAUCAUCAAGUUCUUCAACGAAUGGGCUGAGCGUCACGACGCCCAGGAGAUUCUGCGUAUCGCCCGAGACCUCGUGCACAAGGUGCAGAUGCUCAUUGAGAACAAGUGAGGGCUGUGCCAGGAGGCAGCUUCGCAACGACCGGGUUCCAGCUGGGUAGGGGUGGGGCCACACAACCCAGACUGCCCUGGCCCCCGGCCGCCCCCGCC